AUCGAUUCGAUCGUUAACGAGAUUAAUUUUUUUUUUAUUUAAUUAAUUAUUUUAUAUUUUACUUUGAAAAUUUGUAUAUGGGGAACAAAAUUUCGGGCUGAAUAUCUUAUAUCAUUCAAUAUGGAUAAUGAGCAUCAUGAUCAAUCAUUUGAUUUUGAUUUGAAACGAAAAUUCGAUGAUCAACAACAACAACAACAACAUCAUUCGGCUGAUGGAAAUAAAAAAUUGAAAACAACCGAUGAAGACGACAAAUCGAAUCAGCCACCACCACCACCACCGUCAUCAUCAUCAUCAAGUGACCAGAAAUCCACUGUAGAAGAUGAAACAAAUAUAAAAAUUGAUUCCAUUGAAUUGAAUCCAAUAUUUCGAGAUAAAAUUGAUGAAUUGAAAAAAUCCUAUAAUGAAUCCAAUCCACUGGAAUCAGAAUGUUCGACAAUCACCAUUGAACCGUUCAAAGUUUUUCAGCUUCAUCGUUUCAUUGAAAAUGAUCAGCUAGUUUUGCCACAAAUUCUUCAGGCUGUCAAUACUAAUACUAUAUCGAUGGAACGACGUAAUAAUGAUCUCUAUUCAUUAAAACAAUCGAAUGAUUUGAAAACCUAUCCAUUGUUAGAGAAUAUUGUCACAUUUUUCCGAAUCAAAGUGAAAUUAUUGUUAGAAGAAAUUACUGGACUGAAAUUGAAUAAUAAUGUAGCAUUAACAUUUUCGAAAUAUGAACAAAAUGAUUAUCUUCUCUGUCAUGAUGAUCAACUUGAACAACGGAAAAUUGCAUUCAUCCUAUAUCUAGUCGAUGAACAAUGGUCAGCUACAGACGGUGGUCAAUUGGAAUUAUUUGCCACCGAACCAGAUGCCGAAGGACAUUAUGAUGCACAACCAACAAAAAUAACCACCAAGUUAACACCCAAAUCGAAUACAUUGGCUUUUUUCGAAGUGAAUUCAAAAUCAUUCCAUCAGGUUGGUGAAAUUCUGACCAAUCGUUCACCACGAUGGUCAAUAAAUGGUUGGUUUCAUUCGGAUGAUGCAUCCAUUAGUGGACAAAUUUUCCGUUAUCCACAAUUAUCGGCUUUUCCAGAAAAUGAAAUUCUUGAAGAUGAUCUAACCGAACAUUUUCUACAUUGGAUUAAUCCGAUCUAUUUACAAAAUUUUACACAGAAACAAAUUCGUGCCAGUUUUAAUCGGAAUUCAGAAAUUCAGUUGAAAAAUUUCAUUAAUGAAGAUAAAUGUGAACAAAUUCAACAGGCAUUAUCAUCUGAACAGGUACGAAAACUUUGGCAUAAAAAUUAUAAACCAUUAUUUUUUCGAAAUCAAAUUAUUCAUCCUCAAGCUUUUCAACAAUUACCCGAUAUUCUUAGAGAAUUUUAUCUAUUAAUUAAUUCGAAAAAUUUCUAUAAAUUAAUCACAACCAUUACCGGUGUUAUAUUUGUAUCGAAAUCCAAGAAUUCAACAAAUCAACAAAACCAAAAUGGAAAUGAUAACGAUGAUGAUGAUGUUCAAUUGAUACAGGAACCAUCAACAUCGAUAUUAUCAUCCAUAGAAACAACGACAAAAUAUAAUCAUAAAACUCGUGGUGCAAUAAUCGAAUGGAAUCAUGGUGAUUAUUCAUUAUCAUCGGAUAUUAAUCCCGAUAUUCAUGAACGAGCAUUGGAUUUAGAUUUCUUUUUCAAUGUACCACGUCCUAUAGUGAAAAGUACGAAAAAUUUUGGUGAUCAAGAAAUCAUUGACGUUUCAGAUGAUGAUGAUGAUUCAAGAUACAACAACAACAAUAACAAAGAAAGAACCAGAAAACGAAAUGGAAACCAAAUCAGAUGCCAAAGAAGAAUCGAAAAAACAAGAAGAAAAAAUUGAAUCAAAACCAGAAAUGCACAACAAAAGCAGCGAUAAUGAUGAUGAUGAUAUGGAACAAAAUUCAAAACAUGAA